AUGGCAGCUGACGUGGCAAACCGAGGUGCUGAGCUGGCAUCAGAUGGCUCUGAGGUGGCGUACUCCGGUAUUGAGCUGGCAGCAAGUGAUGCGGCUGACUCAGCAGCAGAUGCUGUGCUGGCCGCACUGGAUAGAGCGGUGGGGAUUCGUGUGACGCAUAUUCGAGAGGAAAGGCACAUUGGAAAAGGUAUACCCAUUGGCCCACUGGACGGACAUGGAGCAUCGGCAGCACCAGUGGGGGCGUUGCAUGCGUGCAUGCGUGCGUGCGUGGGUGCGUGCGUGGGUGCGUGCGUGGGUGCGUGCAUGGGUGCGUGCAUGGGUGCGUGCAUGGGUGCGUGCAUGGGUGCGUGCAUGGGUGCGUGCAUGGGUGCGUGCAUGGGUGCGUGCAUGGGUGCGUGCAUGGGUGCGUGCAUGGGUGCGUGCGUGGGUGCGUGCGUGGGUGCGUGCAUGGGUGCGUGCAUGGGUGCGUGCAUGGGUGCGUGCAUGGGUGCGUGCAUGGGUGCGUGCAUGGGUGCGUGCAUGGGUGCGUGCAUGGGUGCGUGCAUGGGUGCGUGCGUGGGUGCGUGCGUGGGUGCGUGCAUGGGUGCGUGCGUGGGUGCGUGCAUGGGUGCGUGCGUGGGUGCGUGCCUGGGUGCGUGCGUGGGUGCGUGCAUGGGUGCGUGCGUGGGUGCGUGCAUGGGUGCGUGCAUGGGUGCGUGCAUGGGUGCGUGUGUGGGUGCGUGUAUGGGUGCGUGCAUGGGUGCGUGCGUGGGUGCGUGCGUGGGUGCGUGCAUGGGUGCGUGCGUGGGUGCGGGCAUGGGUGCGUGCGUGGGUGCGUGCGUGGGUGCGUGCGUGGGUGCGUGCGUGGGUGCGUGCGUGGGUGCGUGCGUGGGUGCGUGCAUGGGUGCGUGCAUGGGUGCGUGCAUGGGUGCGUGCAUGGGUGCGUGCAUGGGUGCGUGCAUGGGUGCGUGCAUGGGUCCGUGCAUGGGUGCGUGCAUGGGUGCGUGCAUGGGUGCGUGCGUGGGUGCGUGCGUGGGUGCGUGCAUGGGUGCGUGCAUGGGUGCGUGCAUGGGUGCGUGCGUGGAUGCGUGCAUGGAUGCGUGCAUGGGUGCGUGCAUGGGUGCGUGCAUGGGUGCGUGCAUGGGUGCGUGCAUGGAUGCGUGCAUGGGUGCGUGCAUGGGUGCGUGCAUGGGUGCGUGCAUGGGUGCGUGCGUGGGUGCGUGCGUGGGUGUGUGCAUGGGUGCGUGCAUGGGCGCGUGCAUGGGUGCGUGCGUGGGUGCGUGCAUGGGUGCGUGCAUGGGUGCGUGCGUGGAUGCGUGCAUUGGUGCGUGCAUGGGUGCGUGCGUGGGUGCGUGCAUGGGUGCGUGCGUGGGUGCGUGCAUGGGUGCGUGCAUGCGUGUGUGCGUGGGAGCGUGCGUGGGUGCGUGCGUGGGUGCGUGCAUGGGUGCGUGCAUGGGUGCGUGCGUGGAUGCGUGCAUGGGUGCGUGCAUGGGUGCGUGCGUGGGUGCGUGCAUGGGUGCGUGCAUGGGUGCGUGCAUGGGUGCGUGCAUGGGUGCGUGCAUGCGUGUGUGCGUGGGAGCGUGCAUGGGUGCGUGCAUGGGUGCGUGCAUGGGUGCGUGCAUGGGACCCAUCGAGCUGCUGAAUGUGAGCUUUUCCGGGGCAGCAGCACCGGACAGGCAGACAGCGAGGAUGGGAGUGAGGGAGCUGGUGGGAGCGUGUGAGGGCAGGAGGUGGCAUCUGGUGGAGGUGGAUUCGACCCUCUCAGAAGUGGAUCAAGUCAAAACGCACCUGCUCUCCCUGCUCUGCCCAUCCCACACGCACAUGGACCUCAACAUUGGUGCGGCACUGUGGCUUGCUGCUAGAGGGGAGGGCAGGAUGAUACGCUAUGGGGGGGAGGGGGAAGGCGAUGGGGAAGAGGAGGAAGAGGCGUGCAGAGCGGUGAUGGGGAGUGCGGAGGUGUACAGAGCACAUGCGCGGGUGGUGUUCGUGGGGACGGGUGCAGAUGAACACUGGCCAUCCUUGGAGAGCGAGAUGAGGGACGACGUGCAGCGCCUGGGGCGCCGCAACCUUGGACGGGACGACCGCUGGCCAUCUCUGGAGAGUGAGAUGAGGGACGACGUGCAGCGCCUGUGGCGGCGCAACCUGGGCCGGGACGACCGGUGCCUCUCGGACCACGGGAGAGAGCCACGCUUCCCCUUUUUGGACGAGGGAGUGAUGAGCGCGCUGCUGGCCCUCCCUCUGCCUCGCAUCGCCAACCUGCACCUCCCUCCGGGCACAGGAGACAAGCUCAUACUGCGGCAGAUUGCUCGCAAGCUGGGUCUGACAGGAGCUGCUGCAUUGCCCAAACGAGCCAUUCAG